AUGAGCAAGAUGAAGGUAAAAUGGACCACGUUGGGCAUCGUUGUCUUCUUCCUGCUUUCUGUGGUUAUGACCGCCUGUUUCAUUUGGCAAUACAGGAUACCAAAAUUGAAAACAGAAAUGGUUAUAAAAGAAUCAGCAUCAGAAGAAAUGUGCCCACGUUAUCCUGAGCCUGUGCCCCUCAAACAUCCCAUCAUAUCUUUAAGAGUGGCUUUAGAGAAGGUCGAUAUACUUCUGAGGACCAGUGUUGAUAGGACCAAGCUUCCAGCAAUAUCUGCCAUUUUAGUUUUAAAUGACUCAAUCCUGUGGAUUGGCAAUUUUGGCAAAAAGAACGUCAGUGACCCGACAUCAACGGCACCCAAUGAGUACACUGUAUACCGAAUUGCAAGCCUUUCCAAAAUAUUUCCCACUCUGAUGUUGUACAAGCUGUGGGAAGAUGGCCUCGUGGAUUCACUUGAUGAUUCAGUGGAGAAGUACACAGACAACUUCACUAUCAAGAAUCCACUCGGAAGAGGCAAGGAGUCAGUAUCCGCUUCAGUUAGGACAUUCAACAGAGCUGACAUUACCUUACGAAGAAUGGCUAGCCACCUCUCUGGAUUACCUCGAAGAUUAAGGUCAACUAAUCUCCUUUGGAAUGGAGACACACAUGCCGCCCUUCAUUUGUUACAGGAUGAUGUCCUUGUUGCUGAUCCUGGAACAAAAUGCCACUAUAGCAACAUUGCCUUUGCUUUAAUGGCCAAUGCUCUGGCCAAGGUGACUGGAAUGGACUUUGAAAAGUGGGUGCAUCGCAACAUUUUGCAAAGGUUCAACAUGAAGAACACUGGUUUCGACAUGACUCCCAUUAUUCAGAGACAGAUGGCAGUGGGAGUCUACAGCAAUGGUCAGCCAGCUCCCCUGUACAACUUGGGCUGGUAUCGACCGGCAGGUCAGAUGUACUCGACAACAGCUGACAUGGCAAAGCUUAUAAUGCUUCUCCUGGGAUCAUACAGCAGGAAUCUCCUCCAAAAAGACACCCUUAACAUUAUGCUGACUCCACUUUUCCAAUGCCAGAGUGGCUACUUUGCUAACUACACUGGAACACCAUGGGAGAUCAACCAGCAACUGGGCUAUGAUGUGGUAAGAAAGGAUGGCGACUUGGAUGGCUUUGCGGCAUCUCUUUCCCUGGUGCCUCGUCUCAAAUUAGGACUGGUGGUCCUGAUGGCUGGAGUACGACCCUCAGAGCAGGAUUUAGUGAGGCAGAUUUACAGCUACCUCAUCCCUGCAGUAGAAGGUGCUUUCAGGGAUGCUGAACUGACCCCCAGACCACCGCCUGACCCAGCGCCAUAUAUAGGCUUUUUUACUUAUAGGAAUAUGACUUUCUAUGAGAUUAAAGCAGGGUCAGAUGGGGCCUUGGUUAUGCAACAACUUGGACCACAGGUGGAUAAUAAUGUCCCAGGCAUCUAUCAAACCAUUCACCUUCAGUACCUUCAGGAGAGGGUGUUCAGAGUUGUGCUCAAGGGCCCAUACCCUUGUAAGUUAAAAAUGAGCAGUGCCUCUGUUUCUUUGGAGACUCAAGACAGACAGUUCUUUAACUUUUACUUCUUCAACAAAAAAGGUGUCUCACCAGGUUUUGAUUCCCCAGGUCUCAACACUUACAAAGUCAUGAGAAUAGCCAACAGACCAUACUUUAGUACAUGAAAAC